AGCAACAUGAGGAAAUCACUAAUCAUCAUUGGCUGCCUCCUGGUGACCAUUUUCCUGGCCCAUCUCCCAACUGGGCUGGCCGUCUCCUGUGCCGACGAUCCCAGCGAUGCGGCCUGCGUCGAUUGUACGCUUCCCGCGAAUGCGGCUGAAACCGACUGUGCCACCGCCACUGCGGAGACCACGGCACCCACAACUGACGCGGAGGCGACCACAGCGGCCAGUGCCGCCGAAGAAACCACCACGGCCGCCGCUUCAGCCAGCGACACGACCACCGCCUCCUCCGGAAGCGGUUCCUCCAGUGGCAAGAGGCGAGUCAAGAGGACCUACAAGCGGAAGGUGAGCCGCCCCAGGAAGAUCAAGAAGAGGAGGAGCAACCGGCGCCGGAACAACAGGAGCCAGAACUCUGGCUAA